AUUGAACCUCCUGGGGAGGAGGUUCGCUGUCUGAUCAUGUCAAAGACGAGUGAUGCUUGUUGUAGUCGUGUUAUCUUCGGAUCUGUCGUGUCUAGAAGUAGGUAGUCGAAUUACUGGCAAGAGAAGCUUGAAAUACUUGAUCAAGAGCACGGAUGUUGUACUUCUCGUAUUCAAGAACUUAUCCAGUCAUAUUAGUCGUUUGCUAGUUGUACUUCAAGGAACAGCUUGAGUCUGGACCUACUCGCAAUUAUAUAAAAGUAGCUGCUAUCCUAUGUUGAGUAGAAAAGAAAUAGAAAGCAGUUUGACUUUGAAGGUGAAUCAUCCAUAAGAACAACAACAAGUAUACAACCUCCACGAUUCUCAGUCGAAAUCGAAAGCGGAGUUAAUCUUUCUGGUGCAGUUCCUUUGAGCUGCAUCAAGGCCGAUCAACAUCGGGAGCAUGAUAACGCUUAGAUCUGCGACUUGUGCAGCUACACUGAGUAUGUGGCUGUUGCCGGGGUACUGCGGGUGUUUGCUGUCCUUAGCACUCUCGUGUACGCUGAUGGCAAUUGAAGUUGUAUUCGAGUUCGUGCUGUUGCCAUGCUUGCAGUUUCUGUUGCUAUGUGUAGCACUGCCCAUGUGGCUUGUGCUCGCGUACUACUUCUUUGAGGCGUUACAUUAUGUAUCAUCUUGGUGCUCAAAGUGGUGGAGUUUCCGUGUCAAUUCCGUUUCCGGCUACAACAGGGGUAGUAGUUACAGGAAAGUGCGGAGAUGGCUGCGACGUUUCUGGCUCAACACAUGCGACAAUCUAUCACAUUCCCUUUUUUGCGUACGGCGCUGGGCAUCAGCCACUAAGAGACACUGGGCUCAGCCACUAAGAGAGUCUUCGGCCGCUGCACGAGCAGCGUUUUUUUCAACGAGGACAUCAUCUUCCCGCCUAGCGCGUAGGAAGAAUAGUAGAAUGCAAAAAACAGAUAGAACAAAAGGAGGCGGCGAGGCUCAUCGACGAGAGGGUCCUGGUCUUCUACUACUUCCUUUUGCUGGUCUUGGCUGCAGUGGCUUUGUUGCGUCUUUCUGUUGUGUUUUCGGUGCCAUGAUGGUGGACAAGCUUCCCGCUGUGACCUUCUACUAUGGUGUGAUGUCUGGCGCUCUACCAGUAGCACUAGCAACAGCAUCAAUAAACAACAAUCCACCGCGGAAAAAUCAUCUUCAACAUCUUGAUGAUGGGAGCGAGGGCAUCGCGGGAACGGAAGUCGUGCAUAACUCUACAAGUGUUGACGACGGGGAGCUGAGUAAUGGUACUUACGUGAGCCUGUUGAGAUAGGUCUAAUUAUAUCUUAAUCUUAGUUUUUUCUACUUAGGUCUGCUCCAGCAACUACAUAGUUUGUUUUUGUUUUUCUAUCUUGGUGACGUGUUUAUUGUUCGACAAAAGUAAAAAUUGUUGUGCCGAAUAUCAUGUAGAUACUGUUGCACCAGUCAAGGGCAUCUUUGUAGACAUGGAUGUCAACACCAAAAAGGAGGCAUCUUUUACAUUUGUACAUGCUUUUCAGCACUCUCUUCACCUCAUUUUUCCCGGUGGAUGUCCGACGAAUCAAAAAUAAAUAGCCGCUCGCAAGAGGAAGCAGAAGAUGCGUGUCAAUUAUUCUGGCGAAAUGACCGAUAUUCAAGAAGAUGAGGAAAUUCCCACUGCUUCGUCGAGUUUCGUCGUUGUAUCUACCGGACAAGGAACACGAGAGGGAACAAUCUUUAUGGCCCACGAUUAACCUUGUGUUCGCAAAGUUUAUCCAUCUAGAGGUUUACCCUAUUCACGUAUACAACAUCAAGCACAUGCUUUAUUCUGAUUAUCUUGUCAUCGUUCAUGAUUUCUGCGGCGAAUCUUGGACGACUGGAGACAGCUGUAACGACGCUGACAACAAAAGGAGACCAGCAACGAAAAGAACGAGAAAAGCAACAGCAAAGCCAUGAACAAAAACAAUUUGAUCUGCAGCGACGCGGUCCAGAAACUGUGUCGCGCACCAUCUCCAGCAACAAGGAGGAGCUUGAAAAACUACAAAAAGAACAGCAGACACUAGCAAAUUGGAGACCAGACGCAGAUCUAUCACAAGCUCUGGAUCUGGGUCUGAAGUUGGUGGAGGACCACGAAAAUCGAGGAGAUGGAGACGCCAUGGGACAAGAAAUCAGCAAGCUUGAGCAGAACAUGCUUAGGCUGAAGUAUUCUUCUCCAUUGUCUGACAAACUAUCACCAGUAGUAUUUACGAACUACGUCUCUGACGAGCAGCCUCCAUUUGUUCGGCCACAAGAUGGGGAUCGUAAUCCUGUGGAGAAACAGCAAGUUGUUGUGCAGUUUGAAAAUGUGGCAGAAGACCACCUUCAUGACCUGCGAAACUUCUUUGCAGGUCCUCGCUACUACAUCACGUUCAACAGUAAGGUGUUAUUCUCUAUACAGGCGGCUCUUCUCACUGAGGAAGUGUUCCUGAGAAUGUGUCGCGAAGGGUACACCGUGGAAGGAGACUGGGCUGAGGCGAACAACGCGUUCGACACUAACAGAUACCCCUGGAGGCUCUCUGCUGAUGUACCUCGUCCUAAACAUACUCGAGAGCAGAUUGGCCAGCCUUAUCUGCGGCCGGUUACUCCCCCGAAUGAUGAUGUACGUCAGAAGAUGGAGAGCUUCCAGGAGUCAAUCAGCGGACGAAUUCGUGAAGGUGGCAAGAUACGCAAAGUCAAAAUAUUAGCUGAUUAUAAUUCGAUCUUUAAACUAGUAUCUUCACCCCUUCCCCUAAAAGGGGGAAUGGAUAAUAUCCACAGACAGAUCGUCUACUCUAGCAACGCCGUCGACCUUGGUGCAUUGAAUCCAAAGGAGAAAGGUGGGAGCCAAGACGCUCCUGAGCUAAAAGAGGCCUACAAGAAGGCAUACGAGGUGAAUGCACCAUUUUUAUUUAGAUAUAUUCAAGGUGGUGUCCAAGGCAUGGUCGAGGACAUGAAAAACCAGAAGAAAGAGGGGCACACAUACGCUACUUAUGAAGUUGCAUGUCAUGCCGAAAGCCCCGCGCUGGAACCGGGUGAAACCAAAUUAUGGCUCGUCUUGUAGUUGUAAUUUCUUUGCUCCCUCCGUACUUUUUUUUGCUUUCUUGCUGUUCUCCCCGCUUCAAAGCUUAUUUGCUCCCUCCCACUUCAUUUCUACUAUAAUUGCUUCAGUCACGACAGUUUUAGGACUGGAAUUCUGACGAGAUAAUCUUGAGACGCACCUUCUUCUAACAUGACCAGGUCUAUCGUUCGAGCAAUAUCGAACGAUAUUGGUUGCUUUCGAGAACCUCAAUCCCCUGACAGACACCUCUUGA